AUGUCGAUCUUCGGAAACUUUGGAAACACCAAUACCAACACGAGCGGUAACGUGUUCGGCGCCCAGAACACGAACCAGCCAGCAGCAGGCUCGUCUUUGUUUGGAUCUACCAACUCAGCGGCCAAUCCAACGUCAUCACCGUUCGGUGCCACGAAUACGAACACUGCUUCACCAGCAGCGGGAAAUAUUUUUGGCGCCUUUGGAACGCCAGCAUCCAAUACGACAAACCAGCCAGCAUCUGGCAAUUCGUUGUUCGGGAACAACACCACCAAUACGAACACCGGUAGCUCGCUGUUCGGGAAUGCUGCUAACAACACGAAUGCGAACGCGACGGGGAAUGCAGGAACAACGACGGGAUCGUCGAUAUUUGGAGGAGGUGGAACCACGGGCACCAGUAAUUUGUUUGGGAAUAACACAACAACUGCCAACCCUUUGUUUGGGGGUGCUACAAACACAGCUACGAAUACAGGAACGGGGACAGCAGGAACAACGGGCGGGAGUAUCUUUGGAGGAGGUAACACGACGAAUACUGGUGGUGGACUCUUUGGAUCGACAACGAACAACACAACAAACACUGGUGGUGGACUCUUUGGAUCGACAGCGAACAACACUCAACAACAACAAACUGCAAAUACUGGCACCGGUCUCUUUGGCGGCGCAACGAAUAGUCAGCCGCAAACCGGAAACACGGCUGGAACAGGUCUUUUUGGAAAUACCCAAAACACUGGAAGCAGUAUCUUUGGAGCUAAGCCCGCGACAGGUCUUUUUGGCUCGACCACAACAACACCCACGACGAACACGAACACUGGUUCAAUUUUCGGAGGUGGUUUGUUCGGAGGACAGCAGCAGCAGCAGCAAAACCAACAGCAGCAGCCACAACAACAGCCACAGCAGUCAUCUCUCUUCGGCUCCUCUACCCUGUUUGGCGGAAACAAAAGCACUCUGGGAACGAGCGCACUCGGCGCCCCAGCUCAACAAAAUGUCUUUGGCACCUCUACUCUAACUACUCCGUCCAAUAUGCAGGAUGCCCAGAAUCAAUUUUCACAGCUUGCGCAAAAAAUUGAAAGGAUUAUAAAUGCUUGGAACCAAGAGUCGAAGGAUUGCGAAUUCCAGCACAACUUCUAUAAUCUGGUGGAUCCCAAGCAAGUAAACUUAUAUGGACGCCCAGCAAAUGCCACCAACGACGCGAUGUGGGAAAAGGCCGUUCGUGAAAACCCUGAUCCUUCAUGUCUUGUUCCUGUCAUUGCAAUUGGUUUUGACGAUUUGAGAGUUCGUGUUGAUGCCCAGACUGCGCAAUCCGCCAACCAUCUACAAAAUUUGAAGGACCUGCAAACCCGGCUGGCGGCUUUGCGCACCCAACACGCUGUCUCAAACGCGUCUCGGCUUCUCCGUGCGGCUAGUACACAGACCCAAGUAAUCCAACGGCUGAUGCGCUUCAUUCAACACCUCCACCUCCUGAUCCCUACGAUUCGCUCCAGUGCUUUGAGACCAGAAGAAGAAGCUCUGCGAGGUAAACUGGAAGAACUCGAAGAGGAGAUGCGCAGAGGAAGGGUCAAGGGUCGACUCAACGAGCUUUGGGCAUUGAUCGGCUCUGUCAGCGCAAGCAUCGAGCGAUCCUCUGCAUCAGGAACUUUGCCUACAGAUAACUGGGCUGUGGUGGACGAGGAUGGACUUGCCCAGAUUGCGCAGAUUCUUACAGAGCAGCAGGCGGGUCUGCAGCACCUAACGAAGAUCCUGCAGAAAAGCCAACGAGACCUCAACGUUAUUAUGGGGAAUAGCUCCAAGAAUACGGCUGAAAGCACGAAUGACGAAACUGGUGCUGGUCUGGGGGAGAGCAUAUGGGGUUCAACGAGUAUGCUGAGAGCUAGUGCUUUGCGUUGA